GAAACCCAGCAAACAGUGCACGUUCUGGCGUCGAAGAAUCUACAGCUACUGUGCCAAGGCAUUUGCACAAAUCUUUAACAGUCAAAAUCGAUAUCUUUGCGCGUUUAGCAUAAUAAAACAUUAUUGUACACGGCGUACGGUAAUUAUUUUAAAACAUAACUUGAUACCGAGUUCAGUGACAGUUAGUGCGGAAAAAAAUUACUGAUACCAUAAUGAGUCGGUUACCAAUGGUGUUGAUGUGCGUAGUGGUGAUUUUAGCUUUGGGAGGCCGUUCCGAAGCUUACUGUGGAUUACGAUCUGGUGACGGCGAUGACGGAGGUGGUGUAGACAAUUUCAUCACAUGUCUUAAGGCCAAGGCGAUCGCGACAAUGGACCGCAUGUCACGGGAUGAUUCGUUACCCUUAACAGGAUCAGUGACACUAGUCCACGGAGACUUAUCUCACCGUCGGCAACGGUCGGAUCCAGGUCCAGUAGUUAACGAACGUGAUCUUCAGUCAAAACCAGACGAAACACUUAACCAUAUGCUUUACGAAAAGGCUGUAGGACUUCUCAGUGGUCGAGUUGUCAAAGUUGGCUUACCCGAAGUCACGACAGAUGAUUUGAGGACAGCCUUAGAAGAAGGUCGUGGAAAAAUGAAGAAAACCAUGGGAAUGAUGAUGACGAUGGCUGGCAUGAAGGCAAUGAUGAUCAUACCGCUGGCGCUUGGACUACUGUUUCUGAUGGCCGGAAAGGCAUUGAUCAUCAGCAAAAUAGCACUGAUUCUGUCAUUGAUCAUUACGCUAAAGAAACUUUUAUCGAAGUCUGGUGGCAGCGAGCACAUGGUUCAUGAGAGUCACUCGUCGUCGGGUUCCGGAUGGCCAUCGGGCGGAAGUUCGGGUGGCGGAGGCUGGGACAAGAGAUCGUCGUCGUCGGAGGCUGCUGCUGCUGCAAGUCACAUUUUGGCUUACAGAUCGUAUAACAAGCCAUAUUAAAGAUAUAAUUACAAAUAUUAAAAUUGUCACGUUAUUCGACACCGUGUGCACAUCACGUUGUCGUGAAACGAUUAUUUAUUAUAUGUAUUAGUUAGUAGUAUUUAUUAUUAUUAUUUAUUAUUUAUAUUAUGUUAAUUACUGUACGUUUAAAAAAUGACAAUAUCAUCGGUUUAUACAGUAUAUUAUACUAUUUACCGAGUCUUGAUAGCAAAAUCGCCAGUAACCUACAGAAAAAAAUUUAAUAUUUAAAUUCAAUUUUGUUUUUUUUUUUUAUAUUUAUAUAGGACAUUCCAAUUUUAUAAUAAUUUAUUCAACGCUCAAUUUUUUUUUAUGCAUAGUAUAACGUGUUUUUUAUGCUAUUAUAUUAGAGCAUUUUCCAUUCCUUUAUAAAAUGUAUUAUCGAUCGUGUUAUUUUCAUAUUAUUAUAAAACUUAUAAUUUUUUUAUUAUUGUGGAAUUGGAAAUAAUAUUUUAAAUUAUUUUGUUCAACCAUGUUGUUUUAAUAAUAGUAAUAACUCAAAAUUUCAUAUUAAUAUAGGACAUUCAUUAAAUAAAUUUGUAUUUUUAAAA